AUCUUUGCUGUUGCUGAUUUCCUGGCUUAUCCUGGGCGCUGCUAUAAGUUAGGCUUUUCUUCAUCCAUUUUGAGGUGUCACAAUAUAUUUAUGGUCGUCGUAAUUGUUUUUAAUUUUACCUCCGUCGGGGUCUGCGCCACCAUAUGCUUGAUAAAUUGCAGAUUUCAAAGCAGAACGUUUCGGUGAUGCAUGGUCACUUGUGCAGGUUUCUAGUUACCUGGUUGGUUAUUUCUUUUUUGUUUAUUUCUCGAGUUUGCGGGUAGUGGUGGAGUUAUGGAUGCUUAGAACGCUGCAAAUAGGCCAGUUUGGUGUUGGUGAUGAGGAUUGCGCUCCUUCCAGUCACGAUUGUGUGCCUGCAUUCUGUGGAGUCUGUAAUCCGCAGUUCAGUUUUUGUGUUUUAGCAAAUUAGCGCAUGCUUCGCAGUCUUACGUGCUUAUGACGUUCCUAUGGACGUCCUUCUAUCGUUGCCCGAAUUUUCUGUGCUUCUUUCAAAGUCGCUGGCAAUUGCAGACCUGGAAAUUGGGUAUUGUUUCCUCAGUUGCUUACUCUAAGUGCGAAUACUACUUAGACGUGCUGUUGAGGGUAAACUUGCUUCUGAGGCUCUCCACAGUUUUAGAAGUUUGAUUAAUAAGAUAUAGAGGCUUUUCUCUGAUCACUUCAAAUGGAUGGUGAUCGUGUUCUUUGAUACUGCUGAAGCUUGGCGAGUUUUUUUGGUUCAAAUCUCCGAAGCCUAUGGACCAUUCAGCAGCCUGAGCUUCCAAUUUGGCCGUCAGUGUCGUAUGUUACUCCUAUGUUGAAGCUUGUGGGCUGGAUCGCGUUCUGAAGCUGUCGGCUAUGGUCACGUCACCUUUUAGUUCAAAAGCAUCCCCUUCUCCUCCUUUCGACUGUAUCACGAGUGCGAGAGUUGCAUGGUGAAUCUCUUGUGGGUUCGCGCCUAGCCUUUUCUCAACUUAGUCCUCCUACCUUCUUAAGCCAUUCUUCCUUUGCUGUCGAGGUUUCCGCCUGGCCAACUAAUGUAGGCAUCUUGUUGGCAAGCAACGACAAACUUGGGAAUAAGCCUAACAAGCGUUGACCUAUUACGGCAGUUCCAAUUUCUGUGCACAAGUGGGCUAGAUAUGGCGAUGGCAUUGAAGACCAACCUUGUCCACCCUGGCGUCAUGUCAGGUAUCCAAGUUCCUGAAUGUUGGUCUAGCACAGGCUUGGAGUAUGAAAAUCUCGCGGAAUCAUGGGAAUGGGAGGAUCCUAUCACGAGCUUCCCCAGCCGGCUAGUAGAGGGGCACCUGAGGCCCCAGAGUAACAGUUGGGUCGCCGCAGCUUGCAGUGCAGUGAGCUUAGCUGCUGUAGGAGCUUCAAAACCCGGUGAAUUUCAGCAUGGCUACAUCUUGGGCAGCGGCACGCAUUUGGGAACAUCUUUUUCGUCUGGUAUUUCUGAUGUGGCCGGCGGCAGGAGAAACUGUGGUGCUGAUUUUCCUGCUCUAGUGAAAAAUGAACCAGACGAGCAUAAAGCUGAGCAAGUUACGGUGGGCAAGCCUGUCUCUCUAAGUGGUAGAAAGGAUGGUUAUUUCUUCUCUCUUAGGUCAUCCCCAUCACCGAAAAACGAAGAUAGGCCAGCCGAAGAAGACAAUCAUACUCAACCAUGCGGAGGGCAGAGCAGUGGAAGCGGUUUGGUUAAUGGAGGGCGUGACUGCCAGAAAGUUGCUUUGAAGCCUGGACGCAGGACACACUUUGAGAAUUCCGCUGUAGUAGGGCAAGUAAAAGCUUCCCUUACAGCAUUCUCACCUCCAGGAAAGAAACAGCGCGCCUUGUCCCCCAGCACACAGAUUCCGCGUUGUCAAGUGCAGGGUUGUGAUGCCGACCUGAGCUGUUGCAAAGACUAUCACAAACGUCACAAAGUGUGUGAGAUGCACUCCAAAGCGGCCACAGCAAUAGCAGCUGGAAUUGAGCAGCGUUUCUGCCAACAAUGUUCGAGAUUUCAUGUGCUGAAGGAAUUUGAUGAAGGAAAACGCAGUUGUCGUAGAAGACUAGCAGGUCAUAAUCAACGGCGACGGAAGUCUCAACCAGAGACUCGGUCUUUAUUUGAUUUCAGCGGCUCUUUCCUGCGCAGAGGAAUAUCCACGUCCUCCAUUGCUGGCUCGCCCUUUUACAUUCCAGAAGACAGCAAGCAGUCCAGUUUCUUGCAUCCUCACCUUCCUUCGUCACUCGAACAUGGACUCCAUGCAUAUGGCUACAACCUUACUCGCUCAAGCCCUUGGCCUUUGAAAAGCAGGGAUGGCAGUAUCCCUGCCCUUCAACUUCAGGGUUCUAGUUCACCUGUGGCUGCUCCAUACCCAUCUUCAGGCCUAAUUCUGGGUGGCUAUCACUUCCUGGAUGGACCUUUAGGUUCACCAGGCCAGGGUUUAUCGCUGUCCUCUUCGACGGGAGGGGUUCUUGGCAGCUUGGAACAAAGUCGUGUCGGUUCCUGCUCCCAGAGCCUCUCCAGUGUGUCUGGACUGGCGAACUCUGGCCGUGCUCUCUCUCUUCUGUCAUUGCAGUCAUGGGCCUCUCGCCCAACCCAAGGUGCAUCUGCUCCAGUGUCUCUGGGCCUGUCCCAGGCGGACGACUCUACCCUGGAGCAGUUGGUGGCCAGCAGUAGCGAUUGCAGCAACCGAGGGUCUCGGUUCUCUCACCAUCUGCAACUUCCUUGUGGAGGGUCAUCUACAAGUGCACAGCAGCAAUUUGACAAGCAGUUAUCUAUCCAAUCUGGUGGUCUUGAGUCUGUGGGGCUGAAUUGUGGGCUAGCUGCGACUGGUUACGGGGCUCAUCAUCAUCAAGGUUCUGGAAACCCUAAUAUCCUGGCUGGUUUCAGAGGGUAUUAUGAGACAAAUUCCACGCUCUCCGCUCAUAAUGGUCAAGAUAUACAAACAUUAAAUUCAAUUUGUGCUUCUCAUCACGCUUUUCCAACAAUCAAUCUAAUGCAACUUGAUCAACCUUCAGAUCAGGUACAUCAGGGCACUCCUUACAGCCAUGGAUUAUAUCUUCCGGUCUCAGUUGGUGAGCACCGCGGGUUCACCGAUCUGCGUCCUUUCGAGUCUUCGAUGUGUAGCAGUCAGCACCUCCUGUAAUUAUUGCCUGAAACCGUUUCGUGCAAAUGGAAACUCGUUUGUCGCUCUGGUUGUAGUUCAUAUGAGAAAUUAUUAGGAUGUGUAGCGACUGUCAAUCAUUGUUUAGCAGGUAGUUACUAUAUUCCUGCUUACUCCAUCCUGGCAAAUUUGUCAUUGUAUAAUACAGUUGCUGUGUAUUCUGUAACAUUGAUGGAUAAAUUGUUGCAAACCGGAAACUGCUUUCUGAA